AUGCAAUUACGUGAGAUUGUGUGGUUUUGUGGUUGUUUGGUAGUUGGUUUGGUGAACGGGGCUCCACGCGUGCAACGAUCGACGGACGAAGCGGCCUCUAGUUAUUUCUACUUCAGUCGUUCACCGGGACAUUCUAUACAUCUCGGGACACCGUUCGAUGGACUGCCAGCGAUUCCAACGCUAACGGAGACUAAAUAUAUCCCCUCGGUGCAUGUGCAUCGUGAUGAAGACAGUGGAAAGCACCAGGGAAAAGGUUUGUUUGAGAGUGGUGAGGAAGAGGAUGAUCAUGCGGCGUACCGAGUAGUGGAACAUGAUCACGAAGAGGAAGGUGGUUCUUCGUACGAUGAAGACCACCAUGCAAAAAAGGGCGGAAAGUCGGACACCGGGUACGAUAAGAAGCACUCGCUAGAUCAUGGCAGUAAGGGAAGUUAUGGCAAGGAAGAUCACAAGGAGCACUACGCACACGAUGGCGACCGGAAGCAUGCGCACCAUGAUGAAGGCUCGCACUACCAUGACCACCAUGCGGAAGCGAAACGUACCAAGGGUGGCAAACAUCACGAGAAGAAGCACCACAAGAAGGGUUCCAAGACGACGGGCUACCACAACGUGUACCACAAGGAUGAGUAUAAGAAGGAGCACGUGUUUUACGACACCAGCGACCACAGUGGACAAUUCAAGAAGUACGGUUCGUCCCACGAACAACACUCAAACGAGGCAGGUCAGCACGCCAAGGGUGGACACGAGGAUCGGGCCCAUCAGGAAAGCUCGCACAAGAAGACUGGCGGCAAGCAGCACGGUUCGUACGACGAACAUCACGGUGCAUUCAAGAAUGGGCACGGACAGGAGGAACACCAUUACGACGUAUCAGGGUACGGCCACAAGCAUGGUCACACCGGACUGGGUGAACGUGGUUACAAGAUUAUCCACCCUUAA